AUGAAGCCCCGAAAACGAGAAACAGGAGCUCAGCUUCUUGCAAGACUGAGCAGUCGCAUUGACCUAUCCAGUAUUGAUUCUGAUGUCUUCAGCAAAGUUCCUGCAUCAUCAUCAUCAGUGUCAUCAGCUAGCAAAAUCAUUGAAAUUUAUGGAGCUGAAGGAGUUGGAAAAACAGAAAUGAUUCUUCAUUACAUUGCUAAGGCUUGCCUUCCAUCAAACUGGAAUGGAUUGUCUCUUCCGGGACUUGGGGCAAAGGUCAUAUUCAUAGAUACAGAGUUCAAAUUUUCUGUUUUCCGAUUGGCUAUUGUGUUGGAAAAACAAAUAUUGGCCAUUCUUGAAACGUUGAAGCUAGAUAAUAAGAACGACUUCAGUAUGAUGAGAAAUACAGCGUCAUCUUCACUUGUUGGUUCAUCAGUAGCUGAAGGAACAGAUUCUAAGGUAGGAACAUUAGGUCUUAAAGAAAAUGCUGUGGGAGACAGUGAGGUGUCUGAUAAAUGCACACAUGAACCAGCAGCAAGUAAAGGUGGUAACAUUGUAAUGGACUGUGGUAGAGAGUCUGUAGAUGCAGCUAACAAGUUUGAUCAACCUCCUGCUUCUCACACUGCUGAAUGUCAUGGAGGGAUAACUUUAGAACAGUCACAGUCUGAGAAACACACUUUAUUAACAGCACAGGAGAUUGAGGAUCUAGUGCAGGAAGCAUUAGGUGAGUGCAGAGUCCAAGUACUACGUGUUGUCAGCUCUGACCAACUGUUCAUCUCACUUCUGGCACUGGAACACAUGCUAUCCCACGACCCCCUCCUGUCCCUGAUUGUCAUAGACACAGUGUCAGCUUUCUACUGGUCAGACAAGCUCGGGGACUUGGACAAUCCUGGUUGCAUACAAUCCAAAAUGUCUCCAAUUGCAAACAUCAUUUCCAAAUAUGUCUCAGACUUUGGCGUGAUAUUUCUAGUAACUAAAUCAGCACUGGUUAAUCGUAAACAAGAUUGGGUUGAUCAGAGAGAUAAAUAUCAAAGUGGUUGUGCUUCGUCUUCUACUGAUGAUCAAAGUUUGAAAAGUGGAGUAGGUCGAAGUGAGAUUAUACUUUCUGAACAUGUGGAGUUUUUAGGGAAGUCAUGGUUACAGCUGGGGAAGAAAAGACUUGUGCUGACAAGGAGUGUUGACAGAGUAGGUAGGGUUACUAGAGCUGUUGCCUGCACAGAUUGGCCAGGGGUUAAGGAGUUUUCUUGUUCAGAUGAUGGGUUUCAGUUUUCCUGA